AUGUCUCGGAAAGCCGGAGAAACAGCUAUGCUUGAAGCGGCAGUAGUUAAUGAGUGUCUGCAUGGCGCCGUGGGGAGUGGUAUUUUGGCGGCACUUCUUCUCGACGAAGAAGGUGUCCUGUUGUCCUCUGCAUCAAGCAGCGAAGAAUACUCGUACUCAAGGGAACGAACCAUGAUCAUUGCUGCCAUAGGAAACGUAUGGCGUGCAAGCGCCCAAAAUGACUUGGCAAAAAGCAAGAUAACAAAUGAAUUAGAACCUGAAGCUUUGGAGCAAGUCUUGAUCGAUUUCGGUAGUAAGAAACUCUGCGCCAUGUCGGUGGGUGGAAAAGCUAUUCUGUGCCUGGUAGGCUAUCAAGUGGAAAUGGGUCUCCUCAAAUUGAAAACGGCGGCGGUGCAGCGGAGGCUGGAUGUGCACUUGCGCCCAGCACUCGUAGCAUACAAGUGA